AUGAACCCCCCCACUGUAUUGGAAGAGACCAUCGACAAUCUUUGGAUCAUAUCCAUCCGGGAAUUCAGGCAUGGGAAUCUCCUGAUUUCCAUCUGGCCGAGGAAAGUGGAUCCUGCAGAAAGCCACCAGUUUGUGAUUCAUGUUGACAUCCUCUACCACGAAUGUCCGGAAGACAGAUGGUCCAGCCUUGAUGCCGAUGACGAGUAUUUCUUCAAGCCAUGCUCGAAUCUCUGGGCUCUCUGGAGUGGCAUAUUCAAAGAAUUUAUGAGAUUGAUUGAAGGAGAGGAACCACAGGCGUGA